AUGGAGCGUCUGCUAAAUGGACCAGGCUGGAGACGGGAAGAGCAGCGCUAUCAGCCACCUCCAUCAUCACAGCGCAUAGCAAGGACACCUGCGCUCAGCAGAGCCAGCGGAAGCGGGGCAUCAGCUCCGACACCAGGCCACAGCUCGCGCCAGUUUUCUCCUGAAAUGCCUCUAAACACGACGAACGAGAAAGAAUCACUUCGCGGCCUGAACGACCGAUUCGCAGGCUUUAUCGAGAAGGUGCAUCGUCUGGAAAGCCAAAACAGAGCCCUGGAACGGGAAAUCGAGGACAUUCGACUGAAAGCAAAGUCGUCCACGUCUCUAGCCAAGCAGUACGAGCCUGAGCUGCAGGACCUGAGGAGGCAGGUGCGUGAAAUGGCAGUGCAGAAGCAGAAGAUCGAGCUGGAGCAGAAGCGCGUGGAGGACGAGUUUAACGCGCUGACGGAGAAAUGCGAAGACGAGGCGCGCAGCAGAGCUGAAGCUGAGGAGAGCAUUUCUGCGCUGAAGAAAUACAUUGACCACGCGUAUUUAAUCAAACAAGAGAUGGACAGCAAGGCGAACGCUCUUGCAGACGAGAUCGAGUUCCUGAAGAGAAGCCACGAGGCUGAAGUGAGCGAUAUUUUGACGCAAAUGAAGGAGACCCGGGUUUGUGCACCAGUGAGCGGCUUCGGAAAAGGCGAGCUGACCGCAGCGCUCAGGGACAUCAGGACACAGCUGGAAGGUCGCGCUUUCUGUCCCGACACCCAGACAGAACAGCACUUCAGCAAUCAGCUGGCCAAACUCACCAAAGCUGCCGAGACCGACAGAGAGGCUCUGAUAGCCACCAAAGCUGAAAUCAGCCAAUACAGGAGGCAGCUGCAGACCAAGAACGUCGAGCUGGAUUCAGUCAGAGGGAUGAGAGAAGCUCUGGAGAGGCAGCUGUAUGACCUCGAGCAGCGACACACCGCCGAAAUCCAUCACUACCAGGACACCAUUAGAGAGCUGGAACAGGAGCUGAAAAAUACCAAAUACGACAUGAGUAGCCAUGUGCAAGAGUAUCACGAUCUGCUAAAUGUGAAGAUGGCCUUGGACGCUGAAAUCUAUUCAUACAGAAAAUUGCUGGAGGGUGAGGAGUCAAGAUACUCCACUCUUUCUGAUGCACAGAUACCAGUGCCUUAUGUGUACAGGCAGUCACCCAUCUAUACUCUGCCUAGUGUCCCGAGGGUGGGGGGAGUGACUCGGAAAGCAGAGCCGCAGUACAAGUUUGUGGAGGAGAUUAUUACAGAGACAACUAGGGAAGACAUUGAGAUAUCAGACACGGGGUCUGAUGAUGCUGAAGAACAAAGGGAGGGUGAUAAAGUGUGCAGCAAAGAAGAGAAUGCAGGUGAAGUAGCAGGAAGUGACGUGCACUUAGAGGAAAAAAAGACCCAAGAAUCAGACGUAGAGGAUAACGCAGGCAGCCCCACUGCAGAACAAUUGGAUAAUAAAGUAAAAGCAACAGAAAAUGAAGAUCAAUCACUAACAAAGUCUACAGAUGUUUCUAUGGACCUCAAGGAAGGCGACAUGAACACUGAACUAGCACAAAACGAUUUAACUGCAUCAGAACAAACUGGAGAGAAAGAUACGGAUAACAAUUACAACAAAGAUGAUGACACCGACUCCAAAAGCAAGGAAACAGAUUUAGAUACAAAAACAGAAAAACCACAAGCAGAUAUAAGUGGCGAUGAGGAUGUAGAAAAAGUAGCUCUCGACACUGAAAAAGAGAAACAAGACAUAGCAAAAGAAAUAGACCAAGCCAGUAUUAAACAUCCAAAGCCGACAGAGCAAACAGUAACACAGGAGGCUGUUACAGAGCCAGGAAAAAGUGCCAUGGAAGAGAUUUCUACAAAAUCAGAGAACGAAAAGGCAAAAAAAGAUACACAACAUAUAGCUGAGCUUGAAGAUUCCUCUACUGGAAAAACUACGGCGAAAGACAGAGAAACCAGUGAGGUCAAAUCUGUGGAGGUGGACACAUCCACUGCUGACCCACAGCGAGUAUCUCAAAAAGCUGAGGCAGGACAAGAGACACGUCCUAACAGCGAAGCAGAUUCAAAGCAGAGUGUAGAAACAUCCCAAACUGAUGCCCUCGAUACUACAAAAGCAGCGAGUGCACAGGAUAAUGCAGCUGAGGUGCAAAAAGAGCUGGCAGAGAACGUAAAGACAGAGGCACCGCUAAAAAGUGAAGUAAAAGAAAUCAAAUCUGAGGAGGAGAAAAAAGUGGACAGCAAACCAGAGGCUGAUGCAGAAACUGUGAAACCAGAAAAGGGAGAAAGUGCCCAGUCUACAGAGGCACUGAAAACACUGCAGGAUGUCUCCAAAACUGCUGCCAAACAAACAGAAGUUGAAACAUCUGAAAGAAAGGAGAUUCAAACAAAGGACUUGAUGGACAGUGAAAAAAAGGAGGAAAGUAUUGAAUCAAAGAAAACAGAGAAAGAGGUUGAUCAAAUGCAACUCAAAGAACAGCCAAAAGGUACAGGGAUAGAGACUAAAUCAGAGGAGCAGACUCAGAAAAAUGCAAAUGGCACUACAGAAGACAUGGUAGACAGUCUUAAAACAGAGGAAAAUAUAACAACAAAAUCCUCUGAAAUACAGAAAGAAGACAUUCAGAAGGACAAAGAGCCAAAAUCUACAGAAAAGGAAACAAAACAUGAGCAAAAACCAGAGAAAAAAGGUUCCAAGGAGACUUCUGAGGACAUUAAAGAGAUGGAUGUAAUCAAGCCUAAGGGACAAGAGAUAAACACUAAAACCUCUAAAGAUGUACGGCCUGAACAAAGUGUUCCGAAGACCUCACCAGAAAAAGAGCAAAGUACAGACCAGACAAGCACAGACAAAGACUCUCAUGCAAUCAAGGACACAAAAAUCGAGAAAUCAGACAAGACUGAUAGCAGCGAGGAAAAGCAGGACAGUACCAAGAUGGACAUGACAAAAAGUAAAGAGAAGGAUCUUGAGAAGGAUCCUGCACCCCUGAAAGAUUCCAAAAAACUUGAGCCUACAGAGAAAGGACAAGUUUCAUCUGAGAAAGGGCAGGAGAGCAGCACCAAAGCAGAGAGAGACGCGCCAGCAGUAACUGAGAAUGGAGUAAAUAUAUGA